GUCAACUUGAGAACAUCAUAGAGGAUAUUCACCGGAUGGACUAUUGCCGGAUACACCAACACGCUUGAUUACCGAAUUAUUUAUGCCUGCUGUCUGGACCACAAAGCUCUGCUGACGGCUAUCUGUUGAAUUGCUUCUAGUCCCGAUACACCUUAAAAUCGUAAAACUCGGAAUUUGCACUUGAUUUGUUGGUGAAAAAAAAGAUACAUAGAUGAAAGGGACGAUGUCGUGGAGUCAGUUCGAUAUCGACGACCAUUCGCCGCCGAACGUAGAAGCAUGGUGCGCAGAAUCGGCUGGGAUACCAAGCAAUAAAGCGAGCUCGAAAAAACGUAGAGGACAAAAGCGACAAUUGAGUCGGACUAACUCUACAGAAGACGGAUCAAACGAUGGAUCAGGGGAAUGUGAAUCCUCGACGGGGUCCCUCAUGGAAGAAUCUGGUGCAAAGCGGUCAAAAAGCGGUCGGAAAAGCGGUAGCGGAACACGGCGGCGGAAAGGAGUCAGCGCGCGUGAAAGGAACGUUCGUCGGUUAGAAAGCAACGAGCGAGAACGCAUGCGCAUGCACACACUUAACGAUGCCUUCCAGAACUUGCGCAAUAUCAUUCCGCACGUACGCGCGGAACGGAAACUGUCCAAAAUCGAAACUCUUACUCUGGCCAAGAAUUAUAUUUUAGCACUGUCUGAUAUGGUAGUUGGACUUAAAGCAGACCUCGAUCGUUUAUCAACAGAGCACGGAAUCGACAUAACCAGCGCGUUGCAAAUCAUCGGAGAUAACAACAAUGACAUAGACUUUUUACUUGACGAGCAGCCAACUACAGAGGCAGCCAGUGCUGCGGCCGCCCAACUUCUUGGUACUGAUGAUCUUAAUGACGAGCUCGAGGAACAACUAAAAGUAGAAAUAUGAAACUUUUUUAGUCCUUUCAAUUACUGGAUGUGGCACCUUGUGAUAUGUAUUCUUGCGGAAAAUGGUUUAAAAGAAAACACUAAGAAAUAAUUCACUCAGUCUGUUUCUCAUAUAACUUACAAAAAAAGAGCAAAACCAAAUAGACCAAAUAAGGCAUCUAAGGUUUAAACAAGCGGGAUCCCGUUUAAAACAUUUAGUCAAGAAAUCAUAUCUCCUUUGACGCAAUCAAAAGAAGUGUUAAUAUCCGGUAUGACAACCGAAUAUCAGUUAAUCAUCCCGUAUUGAUCUGAAUUGCUCUUAAACUGGUUAGAGUCGGAUGGAGCUAGUUCAUAAUCUGAUUGGAUUCAAUGUUGUCUGUGCAUAAUAAGCAGUCAAAUACGAUGCACAAGACCUGGUUCUUGUAGGUUGUUAAAAAAGGACCGAAUUUACUGGAUGCGACAUUUGAACACUUCUUCUCAUUUAUUAUCAAAAACUUAAUACUUUCGUUCCACACACCAUGUGAAGACACACCAUGUGAAGGAAUAUGUCACUGCCGUAAUGGAGGAAAACAGCUUCAGAUGGAAGGCUGGCAAACUUCAACCGGUACAGACCUCCGUUCAAAAGAUCUGUUUUGCUAGGAUACCCCAUCCGACCGCACUAGUCUUUGGUCAAAAUGUUAUACAUAUAACACAGGAGUCGAAUGUGAGCGAUGCUGUCAACAGUUCCACCGGAUAAAACUACCGGUGAUGGCGUACUACUGCGUUAAUAGCACGGUACAUCAAAUUGUGAAAACCUUGUCCCGCUGCAGGUUUCUCAUUGGCACUUACACAUUUUUAUAUUCAUAUAUAUGAAAAGCACGAGAAUGGAUAUCAGCGGCUACAGACUCGAUGUGAAUCAAACGAAGGUCCCACUACGGUUUGUUUAUCAAGUCAUCUCAAGUGCAGAAGAUGUCAGCUGGACUCGAGUCACGUCAAGACACAUCUGUACAUCAACUGUAUUUUUACACGUUUUGACAAUAUUCUAUGUGUGCACUCCAAAGAUUUCGAAAUAUAUUUUUCUGAAGAUUUGACGACCGAACCUAAAUCUUUACAUGUAUAUCUUCGGGAGUUGUGUAAUCCGGAAGUUUAUAUUGUUAUGUGUACAAACUAUUCUUGAGUGAGAUGGACAGUGUUCCAAAAAGUUAGAUAAUAGUUCAUUUAUUGUUGAAGUGUACAUAGAUUGCAUAUUCUGUAAUCGAAUCUCACAUGUACAUACAUACUCUUUAUUCUUUUUUUGGACAAUUUUCUCUGACAAGGUGUUUUCCUGAGACACCGAAGACUAAUUGGGACCGAGGGACGUCAUUACCAUACCGAUUUUUAAGUUAAUGUUGUGUUUUCCUUUAAUUUGAAUGAUACCUAUAUAUGAGACACCAAGCUCAAUCAUCUUCUUCUAUUUCGUUGUUCUUGUGAUUCCUAGUCGCCAUGGUAAAGCUGAAUCACCAUUACGAGCAAUUAAAGAUUAUUUUGAUCAUCAUCCCAUUUUUUUCCUUCUUCAUGAAAGCUAUGCAGAUAUUAAGCGCAGUAAGUUUAUUACCAGAAUAGAUGUUUUCGUCGGUAACUUGAUUUUGCAAUACUAUCCGUGGAGAGUGGUGUGAAAUAUUUUUAAUGUCACAAAAUGCAUAAGUCGUGUUCGAAUGAUUAUUUGAGGAGCAUAAACGCACACCUUUGGUGUUAUACAAGUCCAAUGCUUUUUACCUCAUUAAUAUAUUGUGUACCACAGUGAAUAAUUUUUACAACCACUAAACUCACAUGUUGAAAACUUAGAGAAGGCACUCAGUAGAAUGUAUGUAUCUAGCAACGCUCAGCGUGCGCAGUAUUCGUUCUAGGCAAGACGUACCCGAAAUGAGCUUUCAAAGCAAUGACGACACAAUAUUUAUUGAUAUGCACAAGACAUUAAAAUAAAAUUGGGCAUGGACCGUUUGAAAUUGGCGAAGAGUAGUUUUGUUUACGAAACGCUCGCUUGGAAAUUUAGUCCGAACAUUACCAGGAUAGGUGAAUGAUGAAGAUGGAUGUAGUUCGGGGUAGAAUCGUGCAUUGGUUUACGUUAUAAGGAUGGCCAUAUGAACAGGUCUAAUGGAUUCUAUCCUUACAGAGGAAGGGGGAGGAGCAGAAGAAUAGCUGGAAACGCUCGUCUAGGCGAUGCAAUCUUGAGAGCACCGUAAAUGAUAAUAGCAAACCUGAUCAAUUCAAAUUAUGACGAUAUUUUUCCGUUCGAACGCCGGGAUUGGAUCCCAUUUAGAUGUUCAUUUCGGAUAUUGGUAUUGGCAAAGAGAUUUAAUGGCUCUGAACGGAAAAUAUUUUAUCUCCACUAUGAAAUCCGUCGGAGGGAAAUGACACUGCUUUAUUUCGGUGCUGUUGAUUUGAUAUUCAUCUCUUAUACUUAGUGACAAGGGAGGAUGUAAUUUACAUUGCAAUAGUCUGAUCAUGCGCCAUUAUUAUAGUGAAACCACCUGCUGAUAUACAGAUAUUGGGUACGGAUAAUGAUUACCAGUCGCCCUUCAUACCAUUUGAAUUAUGUAGUAAAAUGUGAAACCCUUUAAAACAUUUUUUAACCCAACAUUUUAUUAAAAUUGAGAGUAACUGCCAUGCAAUCCCAUUCCUUCCAACUGUCCUAGCUAUCUGUAUCAUAUUCACAAUAAAUAUUCUUUUGAAUUUGCACUAUCUUGUUAACUGCUUAAAUGCUUUUAACAAUACUGACCUAAUGAUUUAAAAGUAAAUUUUAUAUUUAUUUUUCGGCUUUGCUACAAUGAGCAUGUUUUGGAUAAAGUCUGUUAAGCGUACAAGAAGGGAGACAUUGGCUAGGAUCUCACGGAAUUCAGCAAUAAUAUCGGUGUUGUGUAAUGAUUCAGAUUUUAUACCGUCUGUUUCCCCUUCUUUUUUUGUAACAAUAUUAUUGUCGAUCCUCGCCACCGUGAAAAAUCUAUUCACAUUCCACAUACUUAACUACGAGCUUAUUUUAUUUCUAGACCAUAAACCUCUUUUUCAUGUUCUCUCUCUCUAUCCAUCCCUCCUUUUCCUAAAUUUCACUUGAUGUAUUUGUGACAAACUAUAAUCAAUCAAUGAAACCCGUCCGUGUCACGUGACCGACCAGUAUUAGUAUUAUACAUCAUAUUUGAUUAAUGAUACUGUAUGAAAAUGUUCAUACUGAAUUAUGUUGAAUUUAGAUGGAUGUGUAAAAGUUAUCGUAGAUUUUAUCCAAGUAAUAAAUCUUAGAGGAGACAAAAAAGCCUCGUAUUUUUUAAAAUGAAACCCAAUAUGAAACAUAUUUUGUUGAUCAUGUCAAAUCUUCAAUUGCAAGUGUAGUUCGUUUGGAUGCUUGCUUAGACAUAAUUAGACUAAGGUCUAGUGAUGUAACAGAAAUUCAGUUAAUUGUGCGAGUAUUACCGGAUCGAUAUUUUAUUUCAAAAUAUGUUUCAGAGGGUAUCCAAAUAACUCACGGUGACGAAGAACAUGUUGCUUCUUUAUGGAAGCAAAAAUUUGUUAUUCCCUGCCACUGACGUUGAGAAAAUGUGAUUUACGCGAAGAGGCUGGUUGAGCCAAAUUACGCCUCCAAGUUAUUAGAAGUCCGAAAGAACACGGUGGUAAGAUUGAGGUAUUGAUUUCAGCUAAUUAUCACAAAGCUGUCAAGUAACACCAGAUUAGAGCGAGGCAUUGCCUAGAAUCGGACGGCUAUUUACGGAUAAAGUUUCAACGGCUGAAAGAAAGCAGGCCCCGCGGAAACACAUGUAGCUGGCUGUAUCUUAUUCUUUAAUCGUUUUGAGGGCUUCGUCAUUUUUACGACUACCCAUCUGCCGAUUCCCUUGGAUGCAGCAAGCGUCCUAUAACUAUUUUCUCAUUUGCAAAAUGACGCCCCAAUGCAGAAGGUUAGCGAAAAAUAAUUCUCAUUUUGCUUGGAAUCGAAUGGGUAUUAUAUUGGCACUCGAGGCCGUAAAUUAGUUUUCGUUCAACCUCGCUAAAGGUGUAUUGGAAAGAAUAUUCCUUCAAGUUGCAAGAUUCAUCGGGGGAAAUAAGGUUUUGGGGGUAGGAGAUGAAAAACUGUGGUUCAAAUUACGGAUUCCUUGACUAUCAUCUACGAAUUUCUCUUUCCUGUUUAACAGUUUCGCACUAGAUUCCACAUUGCUCAAGUAGGUAUACUUGUUUUGUCAAGUGAUAUUAGAAAUGCAUUUGUUUUAGCGUUGUCAUUUUCUUCCAUGUUUUGUGUCUUUGUUACAAGUUGCAUUCUCUGAAAAUCAGACUUACACGUCAAACUAAUAACUCUAUAUUUUUGUUAUGAACCUUAUUGACGUUGCUGCCGCCAAUCGUGUGAAUUGCGUUGGCGCCUUCACCAUUCUGUGAUAUUGUUAAAGAGAAUAUGGAAUGAUUCCGACUUCCAUGACUUUGACAUUUCAACUGUACAUGCGCCCCAUGGGUAAAGACGCUUUCAUCCCAGACAGCAGAUGUGUAAAUGUGGCCAGAAUGAGAACUAUUCGACCUUUUGACAGAAGUGAGAAAAAGAUCUCCCCCCGGAGGUUCAUUUCUUAUCUUUUUACUGCGUCCUCAUGACCUUCUCUGUAUUUCAAUGAGGAUGAGGCAUACGUAGUAAGGAGAAGAAAUGAAUAAUAAUACGAUGUUGUGGUGUAAAAAUAGAUAUUUGUAAAGUUCAUGUCUUGGUAAAUUUGAAAACGAGACCGACAUGUUGAAAGGUCAUCGCAAAGGAGGAAUUAAUUUGUAGGUGUUGGUUGCGGCUGUUUUCUAAAUCCGACGGUUUUGUUUUCCUUUGAUUCUCCAUAGGAAGGCAAUUUAUUGUAUGUUAUUCAACAAGCCACGGAAUAUCGAUCAUUAUGUCACACUUGCAAAAGAAACCUAACGCAGAUUGUAAAGCAGUCAUAACAUGGUGUGAUAUAUAUAGGCACCGUGGCAGAAAGGUUUAAAAUCAAUCACUAUAUAGCAUUGGACAAUCAAGACAAAUUAUGUAUGUUCAAAAUUUUUAAAGACAUGCUGUCAUCUACUCAUAAUAGUUUGAUAACUUGAUGUUUGUCAUUGAUCGCAACAUUGUGUGACUGGUCUCUGGUUAGAAUUUCAAAAAAGGUUAUUCAAUCACUGAGGAAUCUGUGUAUACGUUUUAAAAUGGACCCAACAUUAUGGCCCGUAUUCUGAAGUCUGGUUUGACUUAAACCUUAGUGUAAAGUUGUGGUUAAACUAUGGAAUGCCAAAUGUGAUAUCAAUUUAUAUAAUUAGAUGAUCAAUAUAUCAUCACACUUUGCAUUCAAAUCGUAAAGAAAAAUCUUGAAAUGAUAAUUACAACAGACUUCUUCACCGUUAAACCAUGGGAAGCAUCAUAUUAAACGCAUUGAUUAAGCAUUGAAGUUUAAACAUUUUGUUUUUACACUCAUAGCCUUCCAUAAUUUUAGACCAGACUUAGACCAUGGUCUAAUUUAAAUCUGAUAUCAGAAUAUGGGCCUUUGUCUCUGUCUAACAAUCCCGUUGUCAUUGAACUAAUUUCUUCUCGUAACACAUAGCUACAUCUAAAACGGAAUUACACAAAGUAAUCAGUAUUUUGGAUGCAAUAUCAACACCUUAACUCCAUAGACUAGGAUUUUGUAAGAAACCACAACGGAUAAACACACAUCUUAUAAUUAAUUAAAACAUGAUUGUAUCAGGGGUCUGAUAUACUUUAUUCACUCCGCCAGAAUUAAGGCUAAUACGCCACACAUUGAAAGUGUAAUUUGCAGUAUUUGGCUUUCUAAAAAAAAUCAAUUGAUAGCACAAAAAGAUAAACAAUGAUAGAGGAGUUUUACAAUACUAAACACCAAUAAAUAGAAACUGAAAAGCUUCUUUUCAUAUACAAAUAAUAAUUUUAUUGUAAAGAAGAAAGUAACAAUAAUAAAUGUACAUUUUGAAAUAAGCAUAGUACAAUUUUUUUAUUAUCAAGUACGCAAGUUAUCUACGCUUCAAUAGGCAGUUAUCAUGUUCCCGUGUGUUUAUUAAAAAAAGGUUUUAGUGAAGGAUGAUGAACACAUUUUGCUAUAGAGGUUUAAAAGCGAGGUUUGGAUAUAUUCUGGAGUUGUAAAUUACCAUUAAACGGGUCCAGCUAGUGAUAAUAAUGCAUAAAAACUGGAAAUAGUAUACGAGUUAUAAACUUGACCUUGUAAUAAACUGUUGUUGAACAUCAUAAAAUAAUGAGGACAAUAUAAGGAUACCACUGCUUGAGUAGGAAAACUUUCGUAUCGUUCUCAAAUUAUUAGAACGACAUGGAAAUGUAAGAGACCUUUGGCUGAUGGUUUUCGCAACAUAAUAAACAAAUUGUAAUCACAGUUUUUGGUGAACAGCAGGUCAUUAGCCGUGCACGAAUUGUGUUUUUUUUUAAUCACUGAGAUGGACAUGAUUAUUGAUAUAUUAUUUCAAAAUGUGUUUUGAUCCCAUUUUAAGAAUAACAGAGCGUUAAACCAUGUUUGCAAUCUGUCAAAGGUUCAAGAUACCGACUUUGUAAAUAAGCCUAACCUAGAAGUUGUACCACCUGGGUCUCGUAACACAUAGGUAAUUGAUUAAUCGUACGCUUGAUUUUCACGAUUGAUUGUGUAUUGUAGUCAAUGGAAUCAAUCGUAGAAAAAUGUUCUACGAUCAUUGCUAAGCUUUGUGUUACGGGCCCCUGGUCUACGAAGCGGUUCCUCGGACACCAGGCAAAGUGGCAUAACAUCUUCUUUCGAUAAAACUAAAUUAUAGUCAAUAAUAAAUAAAUUGAUUUCAUAUCCAAUUGAAAAAAA